AUGCAAAGGGAAACUAGCAAUGGUGUAGCAGCAGCAGCGGCAGCCGCAUCGCGAGUCCAUCCGGCAUGCGCUGCAUGCAAGCAUCAACGUAAAAAAUGCGACGAGAAUUGCAUUUUGGCGCCUUAUUUCCCGGCCGAUAAGUGCCGAGAAUUCCAAGCCGUGCACAAGGUUUUCGGUGUUAGCAACGCGACCAAGAUAGUCCGUAAUGCCAACAGUGACGAAGACCGGAAAAAGGUGGCGGAUUCGCUGAUAUGGGAAGCCUUUUGCUGGCAAAAGGAUCCGGUGUUAGGACCUUAUGGUGAUUAUAGGAAAAUAUAUGAAGAGCUGAGCUUGUAUAAAAAGCAAAGCCAAAUGAUGCUCCUACAAGAUCAUGACCACCAGCCUACUCAUCCUGUGUUCAAAAUGGGACCUGCUCAAGCCGUCACGCCGACAAAGCGGUUAAUCGAUGUUAAAGGAGCCAUUAGCGACGGUACAUUACGAUGCUAUAAUCCCGAUGUGGAUGUGAAUUCUCUCGUCGGCUUCAGCGGAUAUCCGUAUCCUUCCCAGUCGGAGAAACCGGUGCAAGAAAAAGCCAUCCACAAUACUACUACUAUUGUUCCACUUCAAUACUACGCUUCUGCAGAUGUAGGUUUUAUGAAUGGGAAGACAUUGGAAAGUACAAGAUGGGACAACAUACUAUAGUUCUUAAUUCCUUCAAUUCCGACACGUGUUGCAAUAUUAUUUCAAGUUGUUAUUUAUCUUCAUUUCAGUAUUUUUAUGUCCAUUAUUCUUUUUUAUAUUUAUUAUAUCGGCAAGUUGUUGUACUAAAACAAAACAGAUAUAUCAUCAGAAUUUAUAAUCUGUAAUUAUUUUUUAUGAUUGCAGAAAUUAUAGCAUUGAAAUAUAAAUUAUCCACAUGCACUAAGAACAGGAACUUUUUUAUGUAAUUAUCCACGUGUCAUUAAACCAAAAGAAGGGAAAACAGCCGUCGGAAUUUAGAAUUCCUAUUUAUUUAAAAGACUAGCAAAUAAACACAAUAUCUAAGCCAAUCACAUCAUAUAUAUUGGUUUGGGUUCCACGUUGUAUGUUGUGGCUUGCUGGGUGCUUAUUAUCGUCAGUCACAACGGUUGGCGCUCUGAGUACUGGGUUGGUCGUCGGGUCCGAUAACAAGGUCCUUGGUGUUUUGGGCAAUUUCCACUAUGGUUUCAGCAAUGGCUCCCAAUACACCUGUUUGGUUUUCCUCCUCCUCCUCUUCUCUAACGCCUGAACCCUCAACUGUUUUCUCUGCCCCACUCUCCAUUCUUCUCUCUACGCCCUCCAUCGGCACUUUUUUGAUUCUCUCUUCUUCCACCUGGCUUCUCUUCUCAGUUUCCUCAAAAUAUUCAAAUCACAAUCGGUCAUGUCAGCAGGAAAAACAUAUUUUCAUAAACAAAAGUGAAAAGAAACUGGGGUUGUUUGGAAUUGAUUUGCAGAAAUAUAAACCUGUGUUAAUUCACCGGUUUUGUUAGGCUCUGAUGACCCCUGAAAGGUUUGCGUCAGGGCAUUUCCAAUUGGCUUUGCAGUUUUCUCGAAUUUCUCUUUGGGUUUUAUGGCCAAAUCCUCCAUUUGUUGUUGGCUCUCGCUCGAUCUUUCUUGGGUUUCUUCU